AGAGCCUUCAUUUAGAAAGUAUAUGGGCGCGCUCCUUACCUUCCGAGCGUCCGUUGUGUUCCGUUUGGUGUCGCGUUUUAAAAUCCACUAAUAAUCUCGAUUCGUUAUGCAAAUUCCGGCUUUCAUCAUCGGAUGCUUGCCAUUCUCUCAAUAAUUUCCGUCGUGGAGCAUAUAAGGGCUGACACGGAGUGAACUUUGUCGCAUUCGCGGAAGUCAUCUUCUCCCGGUUAAAAGCUGAGUUGUAGAUUAUCAACUAUUUUUUCUCUCCAUUUGUGCGAACGUUGGAAGUGCGGAAGAAAUCAGCGACAGUGAUAAAAGUGAGAGUUUUUGUUUAUCGCGCUUUUUCCGUCUCAUAAGUGUCGAAGCUCGUAACACAGAAUCUGAAGGAUCAUUUCUGUGGAGGGAGCAUGAUUGGCUAGUUUCAUAUAAACCACAGGCAGCAGUUUGUGAAAUUUGUGUUACAAGAAGUGCGCGUUGAGUUCGCCUCGGUUUUUGUUCUAUAUAUUCAAUAUGUUCGUCAAGCGGAGAAAAAUUGCAAAUUCAAACAACAAUAUUGUUUUGAACAACUCUAAUUACGAGGGGAACGGUAAUGGGCAGGUGGUUAAAUUGCGCUGUAACAAGCAUAAAGAUUGCAAUGGAGAAACAAGUGAGUGCCUGCAAGUCGCAACGAACGUCACCGAACAGAAGCAUAAUGUAACGCGCGAGGUCCGGGGGCAAAAUUUAGGCCUGUGUCGGGGCUUCCGAGGAUGCACAGUUUGGUUGACAGGAUUGAGCGGUGCUGGAAAGACUUCAAUUGCGUUCGAGUUGGAGGCAUACCUAGUUUCGAAAGGAAUCCCCGCGUAUGGCCUCGAUGGUGAUAACAUAAGGACCGGUCUGAACAAAAACCUUGGCUUUACCCAAGUGGACCGCGAAGAGAACAUUCGGCGGGUGGCUGAAGUGGCGAAACUGUUUGCCGAUAGCGGCGUCGUCGCAAUUUGCAGCUUUGUCUCACCGUUUGCGGAGGAUCGUGAGAUGGCAAGACGAAUUCAUAAAGAUGCCGAUUUGAAGUUCUUCGAAAUCUAUGUGGAUACUCCUCUGGAGGUGUGCGAAUUACGUGAUGUGAAAGGUUUGUACAAGAAGGCCCGCAAGGGAACAAUUCAAGGUUUCACGGGCGUAACGCAAGCUUAUGAGGCACCGGAGCACCCUGAUCUAUCGGUUUCGACUGAGGGAUUAACCGUCAGACAAUCAACUUAUAGGCUGAUUAAGCUGCUUGAAGAUGAGAACAUCAUCCCAAAGUUCAUCAAGGAUGAUGAACCCAUUCCAGAGCUGUUCGUGCCAGAACAUUUGAAAGAAGCUGUCCAAGCGGAAGCAAAAACAUUGCCUUCAAUAUCGAUGACAACGACCGAGUUGCAGUGGUUGCAAGUAUUAGCCGAAGGGUGGGCUCAUCCGUUGAAAGGAUUUAUGCGCGAGAAAGAAUAUCUGCAGACACUGCAUUUCAACUGCAUGCUGAAUGAAGACGAAACUAUGCGCGAGAAUCAAUCCAUUCCCAUAGUAUUAUCGGUUAGCGAAGACGAUAAGAAUAAACUAGACGGCGUCAGUGCCCUAUCGUUAUCAUAUCAGGGUCGUAUAGUUGCGAUCUUGAGGAAGCCUGAGUUCUUUUAUCAGAGAAAAGAGGAGCGAUGCGCCAGGCAGUUUGGCACAAACAAUGCCAAUCAUCCGUAUAUUAAAAUGAUAAUGGAAUCCGGUCAGUAUUUAGUAGGGGGAGACGUGGAGGUGAUAGAAAAAAUUUACUGGGACGAUGGUUUGGAUAGCUAUCGUCUAACUCCCAACGAGCUGAGGAAAAAGUUCCAAGAAAUCGAGGCGGAUGCAAUAUUUGCUUUUCAGCUGCGAAAUCCGAUUCACAACGGACAUGCACUAUUGAUGAGCGACUGCAGACUUCAGCUGUUGGAGCGGGGCUUCAAAAAUCCCGUCUUGCUGCUGCAUCCGUUGGGCGGUUGGACCAAGGACGACGAUGUGCCGCUACCGGUGAGAAUGGCACAACACCAGGCCGUGCUAGAUUCCGGAGUGCUGAAGCGGGAGCACACCAUUCUCGCUAUCUUCCCCUCGCCAAUGAUGUACGCAGGGCCAACCGAGGUGCAGUGGCAUGCGAAAGCACGUAUGAACGCGGGUGCCAACUUCUACAUAGUCGGCCGGGAUCCCGCAGGCAUGCCACAUCCCGACAAAGCGAUGUAUCCCGAUGGGAACCUUUACGAUGGAACGCAUGGUGCACGAGUCCUCAAAAUGGCUCCCGGCCUAGAUAACAUUGAGAUACUUCCAUUCCGCGUGGCUGCAUACGACAAAUCCGUAUCGAAGAUGGCCUUUUUCGAUCCGAGCCGUAAGGAUGAUUUCGAUUUUAUCUCCGGAACCAGGAUGAGGACGUUGGCUCGCAACGGACAAGAUCCUCCGAACGGGUUUAUGGAGCCAAAAGCAUGGAAAAUUCUCUCCGAGUAUUACCAAUCGUUGAAGGGUAACGCGAACUGAGAGCAGACAACUCGUCCACCACAUAUCGAGGCGGCAAUAUAUCAAUGGCACAGCAUAAUGGAAAGCUCGGACAUGUUUUGCGAACAAAGAUGAUUUGAAACUUAUGUUUUCCUUCUAGCUUUAUUUUCUUUAACUUUUGCCUAGUUUAAUGAUUCUGAUGGAUGAUCAAUUUACAUUGUUAUAUUUAAUCACGGUACGAGAACGGCGAUAAAUAAAAGAGGAAAAAAUCA